CUCGGCAUUGGGUUUGCUUUUCUUCAACUACCGUUCUUUUAUCUUAUAUGACAUACAGAUACAAGCUCUGGCAGUGGAACAAUAAGAUCAAACAAACAACACAACAACGAAGAAUACAAACCAAAGACACAGAGAUGGGUUCGCUUUCAUUCUUCUCUCAAAGAUUCAACUUUUCUGUUACAAUCUUCAUUCUUUCUAUCAUUUUUUUCGUCACUUGUUCACCUUCUUUUGUUUCAUCAUCACAACAAAACUCACUUGAAACAAAGCCAACAGCCUAUCAGAUGCUCGAAACCUACGAUUUCCCGGUUGGUAUUCUCCCAAAAGGGGUUCUCGAUUAUGAUCUUGAACAAUCAUCUGGUAAAUUCUCAGCCUUUUUAAACAGUUCUUGUGGUUUCUCUCUUGAGGGGUCGUAUCAACUCAAGUACAAACCCACCGUUAAAGGGUACAUUUCAAAUGGGAAAAUUUCAAGCUUGGAAGGUGUUAGUGUGAAGCUUUAUUUCAUCUGGGUUGAUAUCAUUGAGGUCUCAAGACAUGGUGAUAAUCUUGAUUUCUCUGUUGGGAUUGCUGCUGCUGGCUUUGCCAUUGAUAAUUUUGAAGAGUGUCCUCAAUGUGGAUGCGGAUUUAAUUGCCACAGUGACCAAGUAAGGAAGAAGAUGAAAAAAAGUAUAUUUGUUUCUUCUUCUUGGCAGAGAUUUGUGCUUAACAUGUUUUGAAUUGUAGAAUUGUGACUAAUUGUGAUUAGUUGCUAUUGUAUUUUGCUUAUUUUGAUAAAUUUUUAUGGGUAAUGUGAUGACUUUUAUGAUCAGAUUGUAAGUAAAGUGGGGAAACUUUCAACUCCACGUUUAAUUUAAUCUGUGAUAUGAACUCUUCGCCUUUGUUGUUGCUA